CUGUCAUAGCAUGUACAUUAUACUUUUUGACUAUGUCAUUUGGUUAUUCGUGAUUUAAUGCACUCAAUGUGCCUAUCAGCUACAUUAUCGUUAUCCGUAACUAGGACUCACUCCAGAACCACUUUAUACCUCAUCAAUAUGCAGUCUGUAGAGGGAAGGCAGAUAGAGGAAGUGGUCAGCAGUGUGUUUCAUACUCUGCUUCUCCACAGAACUCUUGGCAAGUUCCAUUACAAACAGGAAGGAAGCUAUUCUAUAGGUACAGUGGGUGUGGUCGAUGUAGACUGUGACUUCCUUGACUUCACUUAUGUGAGGGCUGCGUCAGAUGACCUGGACUCGUACAUACAGAAGGAGGUGAACGUUUUCAGGGACACGCUGAGGGAGGGACCUGGGUGUGGCCAGAUCUCUCUGGAGUUUUACCAGAAGAAGCGGGCGCGGUGGCCAUUCAUGGCCGAGUGUAUACCGUGGGAGGUUUGGACGGUUAAGUUGGACACACUCACCUUAGCUAAUGAGAAUGAACGACAAGUGUGUAGAGAGAAGCUAGGUGAGAUGCUAGCUGAGAAGGUGAUGCAUGUAGCUGAGGCCAUGAAUCGCCACGAUUAUGUCCCCAAAAUGCCAAACCAGUCGGAGCUGGACCUCAUAUUUGAUACAAGUUACAGGGAUGUCCAGCCCUACCUGUUCAAGAUUGCCCACCAGACGACAGGACCAAACCCCACCUCAGUAGGUACCACGAUGAGGAAGCUGCUGAAGGACACACUCGCUCUAGAUUUAUGAUGCUCACCUGUCACCUAGUUACCUGUAUACAUCACACUUUCCUUCAGUCACAGCUUGGACAUUGAGGGAAAUAAAAGGCUGGUUUGAGCUGGUCAUCUUGAUAGAAUACUGGGAUAGUGCUGCAGUAACUUGUGUGACCCAUGGUAUUAUGGUCAGUGAUAUAUCCAUACACAAGCUUAUGUUUGAUUCUGCAGUAAGAUGUGACCUUAUAUAAAUGUAUGUUGGAGUUGCUUUAUACGCUAAGUGGUAGUGAAGAUGAUUGAAGUCAUGGCUCAUGGUCAGCUGUAUUCCUGACCACACUAAAGUCAUGGCUCGCAGUCAGCUGUAUUCCUGACCACACUAAAGUCACAGCUCACGGUCAGCAGCUGUAUUCUUGACUUAAACACUAAAGUCACAGGUCACGGUCAGCAGCUGUAUUCUUGACUUAUACACUAAAGUCACGGCUCAUGGUCAUCAGGAUGUUUGAUACAGAGUUUGUCGUGGUAGCUAUACCAAAGUAAGUUGGCAGAUCCUUUACUUUAUGAGCAUCUUUGAGUUACAAUACCAUAUAUUCCCUUUAAAAUAUUGUGAGUGUGCUGAAAACUGGCUGAAUCACUGAUGGAGAGAACAGAAAGUGUUGAGAUGAGGUUUCCAUGGUUACACUUGACCCAGCACUGAAGUCUUGCCUAGAAAAGGUACUCAUCGAUCAUAGAAAUAUCUUUAUUUUAUUGCUAGUGUGAGUGUAGGUAGUUUCCCAAUAAAUGUUCAAUUUUCACGGUCAUACCAUUUUAAAUAUGAUGUUUUGAGUAAAUAAUUAUUUACAAAUAUAUUAAAGUACAGGUUUAUCAUGCUGCGUACAAGUCAUACAAUUCCUGACAUUCAUUUUAAUAUACAUGGUAUUGAUGAGAAAUAUUUCACCAAGUCAUCUGUAAUGUAUUUCAUCUUUUGAAAAUGUAUCCACAUAUUUAAGGUGAAGGUAAUUUUAAGGUCAAGAUUUGGUUGACUUUGAGCAGUUCCACUGUUCUUUUAUAUUUUAGCGUGGUACUUCAGCUACCAAACUUCAAAUGUUUUUGGUUAUUUUUCUUGACAUGUCAUAUUUAUUUUAGAGUGAAAGAAAAACAAUAUUGAUCGCCAAAUGUCCGUAGUGUACAUGCAUGCCGAUGUGUUCAUGUUGUUUUUUUGUCAAAGUCUUACUCAUGAAUAUUUGUGUAUAAUGUGACAUAAGAUGAAAUAAUACUUAAAGAUGGGAUGUGUUAGUGGAUAAAAAGUUGUAUCGGUAUGUGACACAGCCUAAAUGAUAAUUUUUCAUACUUAUGCAAGACUAAUGGUGACUUGAAUUAUUCUCAUAAAUGCAAUCAUUUCAUAAAUCAAGGUAUUAUAAGGAUGGGUUUUUCAGAAUUUUCUCAGUUAGAAAUGCACACAUCUGGUAUUGUCAUCAAAGAUUUACCAAGUGCCAAUGAAAAACUAGUUUGAUUUCGAUAUCACACCAUAGUCAGUGGUUGUUUUAUCGACUUUGUAGAUACCGGGGUAUUACCUAAAUUACUUAAAUACGAAGACAGGAAAUAUAAUGAUCCAGGUGAUGGUUUGUUUUGAUGAUUUAAAAGAUCUUAAAAUUAGGACUACAUGCGAUACACAAGUCCUUACAACAGGUGUACUGGUGAACAAAGCUCUAUGGAAUUAUUAUAGCAUUUGUGUUCAGCAAUGUUUUGGUCAACUCCAGAACUGUUGUACAGAGUACCAUUAGUUUAAAAAUUCAGAAAUCCUACAAAUCUAGAUCCUGUCACAAAACAUAACCAGACACAGCCAGAGGGUUGCCUUUGCACAUCGGCAUACUUAAUACAUAAUAUUUAUAUACCUGUAAGCAUUCAUAGUAAAGAAAGUGUGUGUCAUUUGCCAAUGCCCUUGCAGACCAUGUGUAAGCGGGAAUGUUGAGUUUGUCACAGAAUAGUUGAUGUGUGAUCUGUGAUGUAUACAUGUAUACUAUGUACCUGAUAUUAAUGUUAAUACUGUACGUAUUGCUUUGGUGCUAAACAGAGCGUAAUAUUAUACCCAGUUUUCCUGCAUAUUUUAUUACCAAAGUUAGAGUUUAGUGUGGGAUAUCUGUGAUGGUGUGAUUACCAUGUCUCCUUAUGAAAGUGUUUGCAAUAAAUACAUUAUCCACCAAUGGGGGGGGGGGGGGGGGGG